GCAUUCCGUCUAAACUUUGAACGCUCCCCCCCUCCAGCUGCAACAUGUCGACGGCGGAGCGACAGGCAAGCGCACCCCAGGACAUCAAAAAUGUCGUUUCGUUCCUCCGGAGCAGCAAGGCGGGCAUCAAGAUUAGGGUCGGCGCUCUCAAUGGUAAACGUGUCGACUACUUCAAGGGCAAGACGGCGGCCAAAGCGCUGCAGUCCCCCGCAUACGCCAAGCUCAAGAACGUCCCGCCCGUAACGUCCGACGAGGACGCCUCCAAGCUCCUGCAGUCCGUCAUCCCCUUCACGUUCUUCCUGCGCGUCGAGCGCGGGAGCCCGUCGGGCUCGGCGGCGAGCUCGCCGCGCGUGCUGCAGGUGCUCCCGCAGCAGGCGUUCGCGCCCGAGGGGUACUACGCGUGGUUCUACGAGGGCAGCCAGUGGACGACGUACGCGGGCGGGCUGCUCAUGGUCGCGGUGAUGCUCGCGGGGGUGAUGUUCCCGCUGUGGCCGCCGAUUAUGAGGCUGGGCGUGUGGUAUCUGAGCGUGGCGAUGCUCGGGCUCGUCGGCGCGUUUUUUGUGCUCGCGAUUGUGCGGCUUGUGUUUUAUAUUGUGACGCUGGUUGUCGCGAGUCCGGGGAUAUGGAUGUUCCCGAAUCUGUUUGCGGACGUUGGUGUGAUCGAGUCGUUCGUGCCCGGGUGGGAGUGGGACAUCCCGAAGAAGAAGGUGAAGAAGAGCAGGAAGGGCAAGGCGCCGGCGGGGAACACGCCCGAGGAGAAGCUCGCGUCCAACGGCGGCGCGUUCAUCGAGGAGGUCGACACCCCCGACAGCUCUCGACCCGUCAGCCGAGCUGGCCGAGCUGCCCGCGUAGAAGAGGUUCCCGACGAAGACUCGUAACUGCGCCGCGGACGAGGCGAGGAAGAAGUCACCCCUUUUUUCCAUUGUGUGGGCCGUGCAUCCGGAUGGUGUUGGAGGCGGAGGACGGGCUUUCACCGAUUCAUCCCUUUGCAUCUGAGGGUUCUAGAACAGGCUGUGGUUUGUUUGCGUUCGGUUGUUUAGUUUUAUUCCGCCUUUCACUGUGUCAUACGGAUUCUAAUUCCAAUAUACUAUGCAUAGUACUCUUUUGAAGGCACGGCGUUGAGGCGUC